CACCGAGGUCACGCAUCUGUAUAGUGACCCUGUGUGCAGAGUUGGGAGGGGCUGUGAGUAGUUUGCUGUUGGAGGCGUUCACCAGACAAACCUUACCCGCCACAGGGAAGGCAAACCUGCAGUCCCUCCACUCAAACUCUGACAGUCAGACACUCCAGACCUUCUCAGCACCAUCGUCCCGGUAGAACGCUGAUACAGUGCGGUUGCAUUGUCUGGUCGGAUGGUUAAUCAAACGCUGCACGGUUAGUCAGCUGCCGGUCCCGUCCUGACUGUUAUCACUCUUGCUGCUAUGCUGCUAGGAGAGCGAGCGUAGUUUGGAUAAGGACGAAAAAGAAACACCAGAAAGAAUAGGUUCAGCCAUCUGAAACAUGAUCAUCUUUCUGUUUCUCCUCCUGACCGUGCCGGCAGUGAACUCUUCGUCGACACAGGUGGCUGUGAUCUCUCCCCAGGACGCAGCCCUGCUCGUGGGCUCCAGCCUGAACGCCACCUGCACCAUUCCUCCAGAGCUGGGUCUUCAAGCCGGCUCUCUGUACUGGAGCCUGAACGGGCGUCGCCUUCCGGGCAGCAGCAGGGCCGUGCUGGGGCCCUCCAUCCUGGGGCUCAGCCUGGCUGCCCUCCCCGGGUCCCGACAGCCCUCGGGGGACAACCUGGUCUGCCACGGGCCGGACGGACGGCUGCUGGCUGGGAGCUGCCUCUACGUGGGCCUGCCUCCAGAGAAACCAGUCAACCUGACCUGCUGGUCCAGAAACACCAAGGACCUGAGCUGCAAGUGGGCUCCCGGUGGCCAGGGCGAGAACUAUAUCAGAACCACGUACACCCUCAAGUACAAACUGAGGUGGUACGGCAGGGAGAAGCAGUGCGAGGACACCAGAGGGCAGCUGUACUCCUGCUACAUCCCAGGAGACCUGGCCUUGUUUACCCCCUACGACAUCUGGGUCCAGGCAGCCAAUCAGCUGGGAUCGGCCACCUCUGAUGUCAUCACCUUGGACAUCCUAGACGUGGUGACCACGGACCCCCCAGGCAGGGUGGAGGUGAGCCGGGUGGGGGAGCUGGAGGACCAGCUAGCUGUGAACUGGGACAGCCCCCCCGCCCUCAAAGACUUCCUGUUCCAGGCCAAGUACCAGAUACGCUACAGACUGGAGGACAGCCAGGACUGGAAGGUGGUGGAGGAUGUGGGGAACCAGACGGCCUGCAGGCUGGCGGGCCUCAGGCCAGCCACGGUGUACUUCGUGCAGGUGAGGUGUAACCCUGUGGGGGUGUUCGGGUCCAGGAGGCCCGGCAUCUGGAGCGACUGGAGCCACGCCACCGCCGCCUCCACCCCUCACAGCGAGCGUCGACAGGGGGGGUCAUGUGACCCUAAGUCAGAACAGAACUCGACCCUGAGGCGGGAGCUGAAGCAGUUCAUCGGCUGGGUACGCAAGCACUCCUACGGGUGCAGCCACAUGUCAAUCAAACUGUACGACCAAUGGAGGGUCUGGCUGCAGAAAACACACAAGACGCCCAACCAGGUAGAUCCAAGGAGAUAAUUCGUAGCCCGUCUGAUUUGAAGGGGCUCUCGUAGUGUCUGACCGUGAGGAGACGUCCACACGCAGAAUAUAUCUGUGUCCUCGACACACACACACACACCACACACACACGCACGCACACACACAAUCUCUCUCUCUGUGUGUGAGGUUGGGAGAUCUGGAUGUUGAUGGUGUUCUGAUAAUCUGGUUCCUGUCCACGGGACCACGUAAAGAUGUGGGGGGAAAUAAUAUUUAUAUUGCUUAUAUAUUUUUGUAUCUAUAUAUAUUUAAGAAAGUAUUUCCUUGUAAGUUGUGUUAUCAGCAGUACUCCAAUUUUUCCAAC